CCUGAUCCUGGUGUCUUGUCUUCACCCGCCUCACCGACUCUCACCCCAAACAAAGUCAUACCAUUUGAAUGUCCUUUACUCCCAACCCGUUUGUCCAUUCCAUCUGACAUAUCUCUUUGCGCCUUUCGAACUGCAAGUGUCCAAAUAUGUCUCUCCUACCACUGUCCCUGUUCCAUCUUCGUGCGGCGACGAUACCCAUCCUGACAUGCGCUGUUCUGGGCUACCUCGCUCUUUGCGCCGCCCUCCGCUUUCGCGGCAUCAAGAACCUUCAGAGGCGGAUGGGUUUCACCGAUCGGGCCUCGUUGAAACGCAUGACCAACGAUGAGGCUCAGAUCAUCGUCCGGUAUAUCAUCGAACGAGAGUUUCCAAUGUUCUAUGAACUCGCACUUCAGUUUGCCCUCUUCAAAACUUAUGGCAUCGGGUCGAUAUCAAAACUCAUCAUGGCUACCAAGAACCUCGCCGACCCGGUUCAUUCUUUCAAGAGAUAUGAAGACACCGUAAUCAUCUUCGGAGAAUUCUCUCUCUUCCCGCCUUCAUCCAAGCGAGCCCUGAACGCCAUAGCUCGCAUGAACUACCUCCACAGCCCAUACAAAGCCGCCGGCCGCAUCUCCAACGAGGACUUCCUCUACACCCUCGCUGUCGCCGUCCUCGAACCCAUCCGUUUCAUCCGUCUGUACGAGUGGCGCCCCCUCACCGACAUGGAGGUCUGCGCCCUCGGCACGUUCUGGAAGUCCAUCGGCGACGCCAUGGAAAUCGAGUACCAUGGCCACCUCGCCGGCGCCGGCGCCUGGCGCGACGGCAUCGAGUUCGUGGAGGACAUCGCCGCCUGGGCCAAGUCGUACGAGACCGACGUCAUGAAACCCGCCGACUCCAACGUUCAGCCUAGCCGCCAGCUGCUCAAGAUGAUGAUCUGGCACGUCCCCCGUUUCGCCAAGCCUUUCGCCGAGGAGGUCUUCUAUACCCUGAUGGGCGAUCGUGUUCGUGAUGCUUUUCUCUUCCCCGAACCCUCCGUCCUUGCCUCCGCCGUCGCCUACAACGCCCUCCUCCUACGCCGCUUCACCCUCCGCCACCUCUGCCUCCCCCGCUUCGUCCCCAAAUCCUUCUUCUCCUCCGAGGAUCCCAAGACCGGCCGCGUCCACCACUACCAAUACCUCGUCCACCCUUACUACAUCCCCGUCACGCUGUGGUCCCGCUAUGGCCCCACGAGCUGGAUCACCCGCCUUCUCGGCGGUGUCGCCCCGGGCGACUCGGACGGCAUGUUCCCCGAAGGGUAUCUCCCCGAAGACAUCGGGCCCCUCAACAAGCUGGGCAAGGGCACCGAGGAGAUGGCGCGCGAUGUCGCGAACAUGGCGGGCCGGGAUUUGGGCGGUUGUCCCUUUUCCGCCAUGCGUAAGUAAGUCAUGGGAGGAAGAGAGGGCAGAAAAGACGGGACGCAGUUGGCUCCAUAAUCUUGCCAUUUUGCUUCUUCUUCUUCUUCACCUUCACCUUUUUUUUCCUUUCUUUUCUUCUUUCAAGCGGAUUGACAUUUUGAUUUUGGGUCAACUGGAACGUCUUCAUAUAGUCAGCGCCUUCUUCUUUACUCUGUUCUCGCUAGGUGUGGAUUGGUAUUCAGAUUUACCUGUUCAGUAGCAGCGAACCCCUACUCUCAUGAUUCCUCGCUUCACGAACUCUGUCUUAGACCUUUGAAGACAACUAAAGCCUUCAGAGAUGACAUCUAUUGAUCCGAAAGCCGCCCAUCAUUCAAACCUUCCGUGACGUGGCAUAUCCGGCACCCGACUCCCUCCUAUGUCUUCAUUCGUCUUCGAACCAUUGCAGUUUCCAGCGCCAUCAC